GCGCACAGUUUGCUGCGGCCCUCACCGGGCGUGGGCGCACGCGCUGGGAGGGGACCUCAGAACUGCCUGCUCACAUCUGAGAUUGUCCGCGUCCACCCCGGGUCUCCUCGUCUUAGCACUUCAAGACUCAGGAAUGCGUCGUUUCUAGUCUGUGUCUGGGCCUGUGCUGCGCGGAGGACCCCUUCUUUUUUCAGUGCCCAAGUGGCAGGGAGUGGAGUGGCUUUGGCUGUGGUGCACGCUGAGCCCGGAACCAGAUGAGCAGAGACAUCUACAUCCACACCUGGCCGUGCUCCUACUAUUUAGAACUUGAGAAGCGAUGGGUUCCUGGAAAACUCUUGUUAACUUCACGCUCAGUAAGAUUUAUGACUGAUAAAACUGGAGGCUUUCUUGUUGACUUUCCCCUUGCCAACAUAGUUGAGAUCAAGAAAGAGGCUUCUCAUUUUAUCUUUGGUGCUGUCACCAUCCUGGAAAAGGACAAUGUCAAGCACUGGUUCAGCUCCUUGCAGCCUAGUCGGAAUGUUGUUUUCCAUGUCAUUGAGCAUUUUUGGAGAGAGGUGCUGCUGUCUCAGCCAGGAGCUGCUGGGGGGUCAUCAGCCUCCCCUGAGACCAAGGGGAAGCAGCUAACUGGUCUCAUGGCCUGUUCCCAGAAGCGUCUGGAAGAUGCAGCCACGGUCCUACACUUCCAGGGUGAGCAGCUGGACAGCAUAGCAAGCGGCCUGGACAGAAUGGCUUCCGACCUGGACGUGGCUGACAGGUUGCUGACAGAACUGGAAUCUCCUUCUUGGUGGCCCUUUAGCUUCAAGUUUUGGAAGGUGCCGUCUGACACAGAGCUCAGAGAAGGCUCCUCAACAGCUAGUUCCAAAGCUCUUGGAAAGGAAGGGAUAGUGAUCAGAAUACCUGUUGUUAUUUCCCAGAAAACAGAAUCUCAUGUUAAACCAGGAAGGCUCACCAUCCUUGUUUCUGGAUUAGAAAUCCAUGACUCAAAUUCUUCGCUUAUACACAGAUUUGAGAGAGAAGAUGUAGAUGACAUUAAGGUUCACACACGUUAUAAAGUUAGCAUCCGCCAGAGGUUCAUCGGGAAGCCAGACAUAGUUUUUCAUUUGAUAUCUGCCAGGAUGCCAGAGGUGAUCCCUGUUUUGGAAAUGCAGUUCAGCAAAAAGAUCGAGUUUUUAGAAGAUGCCAUGAUGCUCAGAAGCCCUGGAGCCUCUUCCACAGCAGAGAAGGGCCACUCAGUCUGGCAGGCAGCGUCCGGGCUAAUGGACUGUGUCAGGCCACAAGAGCCCUCCUCUGGGAACCAAGAAGGUGGGCUGCUGCAGCUGCAGACAAGAGAGCCACUCAUUGCUGAGGAAGACACCCAGGAACUGAGACAGAUCCUGGGGAGGCUGAAGGGUCUCGCCUUGGAGGCCAAGGCGGAGCUGGAGAGACAGGAUGAGGCCUUGGACAGCAUCGCCACCGCUGUGGACCAGACAACCCUGACAGUUGACAAGCACACUCGACGAGUGAGAAAACUGACCUAGAAAGACAAAAGCGCAGAAGUGAGAGCUUUUGAUGAGAAUCACUUUUUUUGGUAUGUCAUCCUCAACCUCUGCAUGCUGCCUUCAGAUGCAGACGCCAGGAGGACCCAGGGCGGCUGUGCAGACCAGGGGCAGCCAUGCAGGGUCCCCUGCAGGGCACCAAGGUGCAGCUGCAGGAGGGGAGUUCUGUCUGUGGACAUAGCACACGGUGUUCUGCCCAGGCCCUCUCGAAUUGCUGGGGAGUUGGAAGCACCCACGAACUCAAACUCAGCUGAGCCCCGGUGGGUCCUGCAUGGCCACACGACUCCGCAGUCAGGGUGGGUUAUGCCCAGCACUCGGGGACUGCUUUGCAUGGCCACACCUGAGGUCCCCAGCAUCUCCAGUAGCUGCACUGUCAUCCUUUCUCUGCUAUUGUUAGGCGUAAAGGGAAGGUUUAAAUCUCUGUGAAUGAAGUCUGCUCACUCUUAACCCUAAGUGCUGUAGUCUAAGUGCUGUAGGCGCAUCCUGCAUCCCAAGUCCCUCCUCCACCUCCAUGCAGCCUGCACCUGCCCACUCCAUGGUCGCUCAGCAACCCCCUCACUUGUCCAUCUCUCUGGUGGACAGGCCAGUUUCUAACUGAAUCUAAGAGACCAGUAUACCUUGAGGUCAUCAUAGAAACACCUAAAAUACUAUUUCAUUCCCCAGUUUUUAGCCAAAUGUGAAAAUAGUACAUACUGUACCUGUUUAAAAAAGUGUUGAUUUUUGCUUUCACUGCCACAUUUCUAUCCAGAAACAAAAGAAAAGUGCUACUAUGAGAAUGUUUUUUGAAGAUACUCAUUGAUGCUGCUUUUUGCUCAGUUUGGAGUCUGUGAGAGGCCCCUCAGAGGGAAGAGAGGAACAUAGAGAAGUGGGCAUCUCCCAGGCUGCUUUGAAACAGCUCGGAGGAUGGACACAGAGAGCCUCCUCAGAACUUGGGGAGUGUCUGCAGCUGCUGGGAGGCACCCACAGGCCCUGCAGUGCCCACUAGGUUCACACAGAAAUCCAGAAAAGACACACACGUGCUGGGUUUACCCAGAGACUCACACAUGUGUACACAUGUGCAUGUGCAGAAAGUGCACUCAAGUUGGGCUCACCCAGACACUCAGAGCACACAUACCCACACACGGGCUCCAGUCCCUCAGCCUGAAUCAGUGGGAGUGUUGUGAUCUCCACAUGUUUCUGCUGGGUAGGCAGGCAGGAGCCAAAGACUGGGUUCUCCACGUACAGCCCUGGAGAACCCUGAGCAGAGAGAGGAAAACAAACCUGCCCACCCAGAGAGUGCUGCUCAGGAGUGCCAUCAGCCUGCCCAGGCUGUGUGACACCCAUGUGUCCUAAAAAGGGGCACCACCCAGCACCCAUAGCUUGCAUGGGACACGCCUCUGGAAGCAGGGCCUCACCCUUUCUGUCCUGUGAGCUCUAGGCCUCACUCCUUCCCUGUCAGUCACCUGGGGAUGUGUAAACCCCAGCCCCUCUGGGCAUGAAGGUGUGUGUGGGACCCAAAUACUUUCCCCUUAGAGAAUUAUUCCCCUCCCUUUUUACUCCUACCUGUAAUUAAAUCAGUAGAGACUGUGGUCUGUCUUUGGAAACUGAGAAUAAGCAGCCCUCCAGGCUCAGAGGCUGUUUCACCUUGGCCCUCUGUCUGCUGCAUUCUGAUUCUGAGUGGGCUCAGGGUGCCCAUACUGUGCAGUGCUGGGUUUCUGCCGCCCUGAUGAAGCCCUGCAUAGAAUGUAGGACAACAGGCACAUCCACCCCACAGGUCAGGAGGCCAGGAAUCCAAGGUCAGUAUUACAGGGCUGGGCCUCCUCCCAAGGCUCCUUCUGCCAAACUGAAUUGAUGAUUGGAGUCAAAGCACAGAAAUUUACCCGUUUCCUAUGGCACCAAGAACUCACUACUACAGCCCUGUUCUACAUCCAGGCACUUACCACUCCCUCCCACUGCUUCCCACCCCAGUGCAUCAGCUCCACCUUUCUAGGUACCGCCCCCCCCCGUUUCACCUAGGGGCAUAAAUUCCAAUGCCUUGACUCCCACACCCCACGUGAUAGGAGCACCUUGUGGUGCUCCCACUGCCAAGUCUCCAUCUUCCUCUCUCCCUGCCCCUCACCUGGCUCACUGGCUUCAUUUUGGGCCGUGGGGAAGGACAUGAGAGGAGGGGACCUUAUGAUGCUCCUGCUGGACUAGAGGAAGGAGUUUAGCAGGCAAGCUGGGAUCUCUCACAUCCCAAUGGACAUGCCCUGGUGGCUCCCCGCAGGUGAGUCACACCAAGCCAGCAGACCCUCUGGAGUCUGAUGGAGGCUGCAGUGAGCUGUUGGCAGAAGCACACUGUGUCUUUGGUCCUGCUCCCCUCUGCUGCGUUGGAGCUCAUGCUCUGACACUGACGUUGGCCCCGGGGGUGGGGGGCGGACACUCUCCCCACCCAUAUUCCUGCCCCAGAGCCUGUCUGCCAAUUCUAUCAGUAAUGGCAUCAGUUUGUUGCUGCCCUGCAUGGUGUUUGCAGUUCUUAAGACAGUGCUCUGAGCUCAGUUAUGCAUCACGUGGAGGUGAACAUAGUGCAAGUCCUGCCUCUAACGCAGUUGUGAGACUCACACUGAGCCAAACCGAACCGAAACAGCUCCAGUGUUUCAUCAGAAAGGGCUGACUCUUGUUUGGUUAGGGCAGGGUUUGGCAGGCCUCCUCUGAGAGUACAGGUGGUAACCACUUCAUCCUCUGAAAUUGUAUGGGGUCUGUCACAACACCUCAGAUUUGCUGUCUGCAGGAAGGCAGCAUGGACUUGGGGGCAGUGGGUGUGCUGUGUUCCAAUAAAACUGCCGGUGAAACUAGAA